GAUGGCGGCGUCCGCGGAUCACGAGAAGGUUUCGAGGAAUGAUGAUAUUGAUGAUCUCUUUCACGAUGUUAUCAUGACCGAAGAAAGGAGCCAGGGGCAGGGGUUCAGCGAGGGGAGAGCUGAUGGGGAGAAGAAGGGACUGGCAGACGGAUUCUCUCUGGGAUUUGAGAAGGGAGCAGCUAUUGGUUCAGAGGUGGGGUUUUACCAGGGCUACGUCGAGACAUUGCAGGAGCUGAAUACACAAGAAGGGACAUUGAAACCAAGGGUUCAGAAGUCUCUGCAGGCCCUGGCGGCCAUGUUGUCUCAGUUCCCUGUGGCAGAUGUGAUGAACCAGACUCUCUUUGAAGACCUGGAGAGGAUACGUGCCAAGUUCAAACAGGUAACCUCCUUACUUGGAAUAAGCACGUCAUACGGGGCUCAAGACAAGAGCAAGGGCAUGUCCUUCUGAGAGAUCACCUCAAAGGGUGCUACAUGUGUUCAUAGUGAGACUACUGUCCAGACAACUGACAUAUCUGUAUCCAAGGAUGACUCGAUGGUGUUUGCUGCUUUAUGACACACAUGUCCCUCUGAGAGAUCACCUCACAGGGUGCUACAUGUGUACAUAGUGAGACUACUGUCCAGACAACUGACAUAUCUGUAUCCAAGGAUGACUCAAUGAUGUUUGUUGCUUUGUGACAAACUCAACAGUACUUCAGCUGUAUUAAAGCAGACUGUAAAUAAUCAAGCCUGGACCAGACAAAUGAUUAUGAUAAUAUGAGCAAUGUUACAUCCUUGGUACAAUGGCAUGUUGUCAACCAAGUCACUGAGUCUGACCACCAUUGCUCUGUAAUAUGACAACCAGGCACAACCUUCUGCAACAGGAACAGAGAGCUCCAAGGUUGGAGUUAGUCCUCACAAGUCCACUGAGUACUUAGACACAAUGACACUAUGUGGAGACAGUAGCUGCUGUGAAUCGAGUGGAUGUGUUACCAUGGUUACAGAGGGACUAUGCUCCACAACCUGGUUCCCAAUGCCUUACAUCUUUAUGUGAAACUGUGACACUGUAAUUAGGGUAACCAUUAACUGUUAGACUGAUGUAUGUCAUGCACAAAAUGGGGGCAUGGGUAGCUCAGUCGUUGUGCAGAGUUGCGUCCCUUGGGCACGCUAGAAACCUAUGAUUGUGGGUUUGAAUCCCAGUUCACCCCAAUUAUGUUUCUAGGUUUGUCAGCACCAUGGGUUUCAGCUCGUGGGUUUCACCAA